AUGUCAGCCCUCUCACAAGAGGUUAAUAACACCUUGAUCAAUGUUUUGCAAGGUUUUGCAUCCCCAAACAAUGAAGUUCGUUCUGCAGCGGAACGUGCUUUAAAUCAGGAAUGGAUUACUCCAGAAAAUAUUGAACCGCUAUUGGUAUUUUUAUCAGAGCAGGCUUCUUUUUCACAAGACCCUACAAUUGCUGCAUUAUCUGCUGUUUUAUUUAGAAAAUUGGCUCUUCGAGCACCUCCAUCCUCUAAAACUAUAAUUAUUGCCAAAAAUAUCACACAUAUCAGUGAAUCUGCUUUAGCACAGAUACGUGUUACUUUAUUGAAAGGGUUUGUUAAUGAAAGACCAAAUAAUAUUAGACAUAAAUUAUCUGAUGCUAUUGCAGAAUGUGCCCAAGAAUCUUUAGCAGACUGGCCUGAACUUUUACAAACUUUGGUGGAGGCCUUAAAAAAUCCUGAUCCGAACUUUAGAGAAUCUAGUUUUAGAAUACUAGCCUCUGUUCCUCAUUUAAUUAAUGCUGUUGAUGUAUCAAACAUUCUACCUUUGUUUGAAGCUGGGUUUACUGAUUCCGAUGAUAACGUAAAGAUUGCUUCUGUAACUGCAUUUGUUGGAUAUUUUAAACAAUUACCAAAAAGUAACUGGUCUAAGCUUGGGGUGCUUCUUCCAAGUUUAAUGAACAGUUUACCAAAGUUCUUGGAUGAUGGUAAGGACGAUGCCUUAGCUUCAGUGUUUGAAUCCUUAGUAGAAUUGGUCGAAUUAGCACCAAAAUUAUUUAAAGAUAUGUUCGAUCAAAUAAUACAAUUUAUUGAUAUUGUUAUUAAGAAUAAAGAGCUAGAAACUUCUGCUAGAACAACUGCUUUAGAACUUUUAACGGUUUUCAGUGAAAAUGCCCCUCAAAUGUGUAAAGCUAACCAGCUGUAUGCACAAUCAGUCAUUAUGGAUACUCUAUUGAUGAUGACAGAAAUUUCCAUUGAUGAUGAUGCAGCUACAGAAUGGGAAAAUUCUGAUGAUGCAGACGAAGAUGAUGAAGAAAUUGCAUAUGACCAUGCUCGCCAAUCUCUAGACCGUGUUUCAUUAAAGUUAGGUGGUUCAUAUCUGGCACCAACUUUAUUCCAAUAUUUGCAACAAAUGCUUGCUUCCUCCGUAUGGAGAGAAAGAUUCGCAGCUCUUAUGGCCCUAUCAUCUGCUGCUGAAGGGUGUCGUAGUGUUCUAAUCGGCGAGAUCCCAAAAAUCUUGAACAUGAUCAUUCCGCUAAUCAACGACCCACACCCAAGAGUUCAAUAUGGUUGUUGUAAUGCAUUAGGCCAAAUUUCUACAGAUUUUGCACCAUUGAUCCAAAGAACUUCUCAUGAUAAAAUUUUACCUGCAUUAAUUUCUAAGUUAACUCCUAACUCAAUUGAUAGAGUUCAAACUCACGCAGCAGCAGCAUUGGUCAAUUUCUCUGAACAUGCUAACCAAGCUAUAUUGGAACCAUAUUUGGAUAGUCUAUUAACAAAUCUUUUAAAUUUGUUGCAAAGUAACAAACUGUAUGUUCAAGAACAAGCAUUGACUACCAUUGCAUUUAUCGCCGAAGCUGCUGAAAAGAAGUUCAUCAAAUAUUACGAUACUUUGAUGCCUCUAUUAUUAAAAGUACUAAGUACACAAUCUGAUGAAUCAAGCAAGGUAUUGAAGGGUAAGUGUAUUGAAUGUUCAACAUUAAUUGCCUUAGCUGUAGGUAAGGAUAAAUUCUCCGAACAUUCUCAAAGCUUAAUCAGCUUACUAAUUGCAUAUCAAAAUGAAGGUAUUCAAGAUGAUGAUCCAAUGAAAUCAUACUUGGAGCAUGGUUGGAGUAGAAUCUGUAGAAUCUUGCGUGAAGAUUUUAUGCCUUUAUUACCUAUUGUUCUUCCUUCUUUAUUAGAAACUGCCAAGGCUACUCAAGAUGUUAGUUUAAUUGAUGAAGAAGAAGCAAGCAACUUUCAAAAAUAUACAGAAUGGGAAGUUGUUCAAGUUCAAGGGAAACAUAUCGCUAUCCAUACAUCCAUUUUGGAUGACAAGGUUACUGCAAUGGAGUUAUUACAGGUCUAUAGUACUGUUCUAAGAAACAAUUUCGCUCCAUAUGUUGAAGAUAUUAUGACUGAAAUUGCCAUUCCUUCAAUAGAUUUCUACUUACAUGACGGUGUCCGUGCAACUGGUGCAAAUCUUGUGCCUGCUCUACUGUCAUGUCUGGUAGCUGCUGUUGGAUUACAAAACGAAGAAGUUAUUAAGCUAUGGCACUUGGCGUCUUCAAAGUUGAUAUCAGGCAUUAUUUCAGAGCCUAUGCCAGAAAUCACUGAAAUUUACCAUUCUGCACUUGUCGAUGGUAUUGCUAUUAUGGGUAAGGGCUGUCUAAAUGAUGAUUUAAUGAGAGAAUAUGCAAAUGGUGUUAGCGCUAACUUGACCGAUACUUAUGAACGUAUAAAGGAUAGACAUGGUGAAGACGAUGAGUAUAAUGAAGAUGCAGAUGAUGAUUAUGAUGAUUUUACAGACGAAAGCUUGUUGGAUGAUAUCAACAAAUCUAUUGCAGCCGUUUUUAACUGCUCGAGUGGUAAAUUCAUCAAUCAAUUCCAAACUCUCUGGCCAUUGAUUUCAACAUAUUUGCGUGAUGACGAAUCUAUUAUACAAAUUUUUGCAUUAACUUCUAUAGCGGAUAUGGUCCAAUACACUGGAGAACAGAGCGCACCAUUUAAAGAAGGAUUUGACAAAUCUGUUACAGGUCUAUUAUUAUCACCAGACCCAACUUUACGUCAAGCUGCUUCAUACGUUGUUGGUAUUUGUGCCCAAUAUGCAUCUACCGUUUAUGCUGAUCUAUCUACAACAUCUUUAGCGACUUUGUUCCAAAUUGCAUCUAUACCUGAAGCAAAGUCCGAAGAAAAUGAAACUGCAACUGAAAACGCUAGUGCUGCCAUUGCUAAAAUUUUAUCAUCUUAUGGUGCCAAUAUCCCAAACAUGGAUGCUUGUAUUGAAAAUUGGUUAAAGUUAUUGCCAACUGUUGUAGAUGAAGAUGCUGCUGCUUUCAAUUACAGAUUUUUAAGCCAUUUGAUAGAAAGUAAUUCACCAGCUGUUUGUGACCCAUCGAAAAUCCCUGCUUGUGUUGAUUAUGUUAUCCAAGCUUUACACCAUAAAUCUUUAUCUGGAAAGGAUGCAAACGUCGUAGUUGAAUCUGUCAAGAAACUAUUAGGAACGCUACCUCAAAAUGAAGCGAUGUCAAUGUUACAAAAAUACCCAAGCGAUAUCAUGCAGACAAUUCAAACCUGGUUUUCAUAG